UGACUUCCUGGUUUCUGCUAGUGGCCACUAUAAAACCUUCUGAUCUAGAUUAUGACGUUGUUGUUUCAUUUGCUGAAGUACCUUGUGCAUUGACCGCCAUGAAACAAGCCAAGAUCUUGCAAAAAAAGAACCAACUGUUCCUCCACAUCUUUGUUUUCCUUGCUCAACGACGGACAUCUUGAAGAAAAAAUUGGAAUAUUUUUUUUAGCCGUGUUCAUAGGAGGAUGCCUGUGAAGCAAUCACUCAAAGGAAAGAAAGGAGGGUGAGAGAGAGAAAGAGAGAGAGAGGUGGGAGAGAUGAGAGAGGCAAGUCUAAUAGCCAAACUGCUCUUUUCUUUUUCACUUUCUCUCGCAAGAUCUCUUUAAGCCACACCAAACAUCAGGCCACUGAGUAGAGUUUGAGCUUUUGUCAAAAAGAUGAAAGAACCACCUCAAAGUUGAUAUUUUGGCCGUUUCAGCAUCCCAAUGCCUUUGGUGGCGGCCAUGAAUGAAACGCAGAUGGUGGAAGAACUUGUGAGCAGCUCUUGGCGGGCAGAGGCGGUCCGAGGAGUCCAGAUUACUGCCACCGUGCUCAUUUUUCUGGUGGGCGUACCUUUGAACAUGCUGGUAGUUUGGGCGCUUAGCCAGAGUCGACGCUAUCUCAUGCGCAGAGGCAGCAAGGGAGAGACUCGGGCCGCCAGCAGUUUUCGAAUCUACGUGCUCAACCUGGCGCUGGCGGACCUGGUGCUGAUCCUGCGGACCCCCCUCAUGUUGGGAUACCUGGCCCACAAUAACAGCUGGCCCUUCGGCUCGGCUUUAUGCCGCCUGGUCAUGUUCCUUCGAGGUUUGGGUUUGUACGUGUCGGCCUUUCUGGUGUGCGCCGUGGCGGUGGAGCGAUGCCUGUGUCUGCUGAGGCCCGUUUGGGCUCGGCUGCAGCGCCCCGCCUGGGCCGUGCCGUUGGCCUGUGGGCUGUCCUGGCUGCUGGCCACCGUCCUGUCCGCCCCUUACCUGCACAGCGCCGUUCUGAAAGAAAGCAACGGCACGUACCAGUGUCUGGAAAGCGGCACGUUCGACACGGGGCUGGUCGUCACGGAAACGGUUGCAGGUUUCAUCCUGCCCCUGUUGGUGUUUUUAGGAAGCAAUUUGGCCAUUUUGCUAAAGAUCCAGCAAUCGGUGCCAAUUAGUCCGACGUCCUCCUCCCCGACAGCUUCGCGCAAAAUGGCCAGGAUGUAUCAGGUGCUCUUUUUCACCAUGCUGCUUUUUCUCAUCUGCUGGGUGCCCUACUUUGUGUGCCGAUUCUUACGGGCCCUGGCUGAAGGACAACCCGAAAGAGCCGAGCUUUAUAAAAAGGCAUCUUACGGAACGUACAUCUCUCUGUACCUGGUGUACGCCAAGAGCGCCCUCAACCCCGUCCUCUAUGUUUUCGCCGCCCGUGGCCUCGGCCGCGCCGUCCGAGCUUCGGUCGUCUCGACCGUUGAACGGCUCUUCAACGAUGACUCCUUCGAGUCCAUUCGCAAAAGAUCACUGAAAACGUCCCACAUUUAGCAAACUGACAUUGGUUGAAAACUUCCAGAGGGGACUGAGCCAUAUUUCAGUGAGAGCAACAAUCUGCAGACAAAUGAAUGAAUGAAUUUUAUUCGAAUGAACGAAUGAACGAACGAACGAAUGAAUGCACUACUAUUCACAAAUAACAUUUUUUCCAACUACAGGAGAAGCUCUUUGGCUGAACAUGAGAAAAUAAUAUAUUUCCUUUAAUUAAGGGUGUUUUUAUUGCUUAAAUAAACUGGACAUGGGCUGAUGCAAUUGUAAACAAAAUAUGUGCUGUUAAUAUAUUGCAUUUUUCAAUGCGUGCAUUAAAGAUUCACUCUCCUAAGCCUAUAAGAAAAGGUUUGAAGCAAAGAAGAAAAUUGUCAGGAUUGUUUUUGUUUCAUGUUGUGGUUUUUUUUUGUUUCCACCUGUUUUCAUCAUCCUGGUCUCUCGUGUUAACCAAUCAGCUUACGUCCUGUCCAGGUGUUCCUUGUCGUCUCGUCUAUUUGCUUGUAUUUGAAUCCCUGCUUCAAUUUCGGUCUUGUUUUUUGAGGUGUUUGUGUUAGUUUCCAUUUGAGAGUCCAGCCAUGUUUUGUUUUUGUGCACCUCUUUGUGUCUACUGUUUUGGAUGCCUACUCAUUUUGUGAUUUAGAUUCCAUAUGCCUUGCUUGCCAACUUUUUUUAUUUUAUUUUUUGCUAAAUAAAUAUUUUUUUAAAUUCUUUCUACCUUGCCUCCUGGCAUUUGGGUGGACCCAAACCUUUUUGCUGCUACCACCAAAACAACUUGUAAGUUGUGAAAAAAAAAAUUUUAUCAUCAGGAAAAAUCUGCAAAAAUGACCUCACUAUAAUAUCUUCAUGGAACAUUUUCUCUAAGGAUGUAAAUUGGUGUAUAUAAAUGGAGAUGUUUGACACAAUAAAAAUGUGUUAAA